AUGAUCUCAGUUACUGGCUUUUCUUCAGAGUACGCUUUUGAAGAUUACAUGAAAUAUAGCUGUAACUCUUCUAAUGUGCUGGUUGCCAUAAUUUUUAAUCACGACUUACAUGAUGGCAAAGACACCCUACCCCUUCAGGUUAAUUACUCCCUACGUUUCAGUAACAUUGCAAGAAACGUCUGGUACUUUUGGAAGAGUACUGUAAUUCAAGGAGAGGUAGCAGGUUGGCGUACAGACCUUCUCUUUCCAGUUUUUCCUGAUUUUGGACCAAGAAAUCCUGAGUUUGAUGAUGGAGGAGCACCUGGGUAUUUUGCUGAAGGGUUCCUGACUGUACAACAUGCUGUUAAUAAAGCCAUAAUGCGAUACCAUGCAAGAAAUACUGCAGUAGACCUGUUUAAUACCACUUUUGUUUUUAUAAAGAGGUUUCCCUUCCCAGCUAUCUCUACUGAUAAUUUCCAUACUAUUCUCACUCUUCUUUUACCUGUUUUUGUGUUGGAAACACUUUUCCAUGCUUUAAGCUUUUUCGUACUGCUGCUUUCAAAGCCAGUUCUGGGGGUCUGCAAGUUUGCUGUGCUUCCAGGGUCAUGUGAUCCUGGGAGAGCAAAUGGGAUUCAAUGGGCAAAACUUAUGCAGCCAGUCACCAGAAAUGAUGAUUUAACCUUUGGACAUAUCCUUGGAAUGUUGAUAUUUUAUUCUUUUUUGUAUGCCUUGGUGACUUGGUAUAUAGAAGCAGUUUUUCCAGGAAAUUAUGGAAUGCCUCAGCCCUGGUACUUCUUCUUGUUGAAUUCCUACUGGUUUGGGACUUCAACACCUACUGUAGCAAUAAACAAAGAAUUUAGCAGUUCUUUGAAAAAUCCAUACAUUGAAGAGGAACCUAUAGGCUUGGAAGCUGUGAUUCAAAUAAAACAUCUCUCUAAGGUGUUCAUCAUAAACCAAAUUAAGAAAUAUGCAGUAAAUGAUAUGACUAUAAGUUUUUAUGAGGGACAAAUCACUGCCCUUCUUGGAAAUAAUGGAGCAGGAAAAAGCAUCACCCUCUCAGUACUCGCAGGUAUGUAUCCUCCAACGAGUGGAAAGGCGUACAUCUGUGGGUAUGAGAUAUCCAAGGCCAUGGUUCAGAUCCGGGAGAGCUUGGGUUUUUGCCCCCAGUAUGAUAUCUUAUUUGAUCACAUGACGGUAGCUGAUCACCUUUAUUUCUAUGCUCAGUUGAAAGGAUUGACUCUGAAGGAGUGCCAUAAAGAAAUAGAUCAGACCUUGAAAUUUUUCAGCUUGGAAGAAAAGCGCAAUCAUUUUUCAAAGUCACUGACUGCAAGCGUGAAGCGAAAGCUCAGCAUUGGCAUUGCGCUCUUAGGAGACUCCAAGGUAAUCAUUCUGGAUGAGCUGACAUCUAGGAUGGACCCCAUUACCAGACAUACCACCUGGGAUCUUCCUCAGCAGUAUAAACGUGGCCACACCAUUGUGCUGACUACCCACAACAUGAAGGAGGCUGACGUGCUAGGUGACUGCAUUGCCAUCAUGGCCAAUGGGGAACUGCAGUGCUGUGGUUCCUCAUUCUUCCUCAAACAAAAAUAUGGUGCUGGAUACCACAUGGUCAUAGUAAAGGAGCUUCACUGUGAUACAGAGGAAAUUAGCCAAAUUGUUCUUUGAUAUGUACCAAAUGCCACUUUGGAGAGUAACUUUGGAACUGAGUUAUCUUUUAUCCUACCCAAAGAAAGUACAAACAGGUUUGAAGCUUUGUUUACUGAACUGGAAAGCAAACAGAAAGGGCUGGGUAUUGCCAGCUUUGGCAUUUCUGUCACAACCAUGGAAGAAGUCUUCCUUAGGGUUGGUAAACUGGCGGAUGCCCAUAUGAAUCUCCAAGACAUCCAACUUUCUUCUUCAUGGAAUGAGAAAGAGGAAAUAACCAGAAAACAAUCAAUUACUAGAAAACAUCAUGUUUGGAAAAAGAAUCAGUUUAACAAGUUCAUGACCACAAACAUACCAAGUAUCUCUCAUAUGAUGUUCAACACUGGGUAUAAGCUCUACUACCAGCAAUUCCAUGCCAUGUUCAGCAAAAGAGCUAUGUACUGUUGGCGCAACUGGAAGAUGACAUUGAUACACAUUUUGGCACCGCUGGUAUUCAGUUCCUUAUAUUUCAGUAGCUUUAAUUCUAUAAUUUCUCAAGAUUAUCCAGUCUUGAAACUGGAUUUGAGUGAAUAUGGCAAAACCAUUGUCCCUUUCUCUGUCUCUGGAAAUACAUCUCUACUUAAUAAGUUCUCAAAAUACUUGAGUAUUAUGCUAAAGAAUAGAGGACAACAGCCCAUAUUGGUGAGAGGUAAACUAGAAGAUUUCCUGGUUGAAAGUAAAAGAUGUAUUGAGCACUGUAUUGUUGCAAUUUCCCUGGAUGUCACUAACAGCAAGCUGCUCGCAACUGCUCUGUUCAACAACCAGGCAUACCAUUCACCCGGAACAGCCACUGCAGUUUUGGACAAUAUCCUAUUUAUGCUCUCAGGCCCUGAUGCUUCAAUUAUGGUUACCAAUAAGCCUCAGCCUGUCAGUGUCUUCAAUAAUGUGAAAAAUAUCUUUCUUGAUAAUACUAAUGGAUAUGAAAUUGCCAUGAGUCUAUCCUUGGGCCUGUCUACCUUGGUCAGUACUUUUUCUGUCCAGACAGUCAGUGAGAGAGUAAAUAAAGUGAAGCACAUCCAUUUUGUGGCUGGUGUAUAUGUCCUAAUUUUCUGGUUGUCUGCCCUGCUAUGGGAUCUCUUCAACUUCUUCAUUACCAGUUUACUGUUUCUGGGGGCACUGUUCCAGGCUUCUUAUGCUGGGAGCCAGGGGUCUGGUUACUGGUUUGCUGAGGAAUGUAACAACAUGCUCUACCCCAAGGAGGACAAGGAGAACCGCAUCCUUCUCUACGCGGGUCGCAACUGUGACUACCAGCAAGAAGCCGACAACAGCUGCAUCUACGUGAACAAGAUCACCCACGAGGUGGACGAGCUGACCCAGAUCAUCGAGGAUGUGUCGCAGGGCCCGACCCUUCCCAGGACCGAGGACCAGCCGUGCCAGAAGUGUGGCCCCAAGGAGUCCGUGUUCUUCCAGUCCCACAGCGCUAUGUGCGCACCGCUCCCCACUAUGGCCACCUCUGGACAGAGUAAUCAUCUCUUCAAAAUGAGCAGUAAAGAGAUGGGGAAAUUUUUGAUUGCUAUGGCUGUUUUAGGUUUUGUUUUCCUCAUCAUGCUUUUUUUCAUUGAUAUAUAUUCCUGGAAAAUAAGAAUCUUUUACAAUCGUUUCUUUCUCAAGACCUACCACAUGUGGAAUUCUAAUUUGAAGGCAAAAUUUGAUCCAGCAACAUUUCCAGAAGAUGAAGAUGUGGCAAAGGAGAGAGAGAAAGUCCUGCCAUGCCCUAAAGAUAUGAUAUCAUCUUUGAACAGUCCACUAGUUAUUAGGAAACUCACAAAGAUAUAUUAUAAGCAAGGUCCUUCUGUGGCUGUGGAUGGACUCUCUCUAACAGUCCAGAAAGGAGAGUGCUUAGGAAUUCUUGGCUUCAGUGGUGCAGGGAAAACAAGUACCAUGAAAAUGUUGACUGGAGAUGAGACCAUCACCUAUGGGGAUGCCUUCUUUGAAAAUCACAGCAUCUGCAGGAACAUUAGAAAGGUUAGAUACCACCUGCGUUUUAGUUUCUUUCCAAGAAACACUGGGCCAACAGGGAAGCUUUUCUUAAUGCCAAAGGAGCCAGAAGGCUGGCACACAGCCUAUCUCUUUCCACUUUACCCAUUACCAGGACCCCGGAAUCAUCUUUUCAGUGAUGGGGGAAAUCCUGGAUACAUUUCUGAAGGGUUCCUAGCCAUUCAGCAUGCUGUAGACAAAGCCAUCAUUAAAUAUCAUGGGAAAGAUCAUUGGCUCAUUAAUCGUGUCACUGUCAGCAUAAAGAGGUUUCCAUUCCCACAGUUUGUUUCUGACAACUUCCUUGAGUUCCUGGGCCAAGUGCUGCCCCUAAUAAUUCUACUGAUUUACUCUUUAAAUGUACUCAUGAUCAUCCGGGUCAUCGUUCAAGAAAAGGAAAAGCAGUUGAAGGAAUACCUUCAAAUGAUGGGACUCAGCAGCUGGUUGUUCUGGGCUUCCUAUUUCAUCACAUUCGUCUGUUCUUUUCUCAUUACCGUCAGUCUGAUGACAAUGUUUUUCUUCAUUAAGAUUUUUAACCAACCAAUACUUCGCAACAGUGACCCAUCUUUGGUGUUUAUCUUUCUGGGGUGUUUUGCCAUUUCUUCCUUGUUCUUCAGCUUCAUGAUCAGUACAUUCUUCAAUAAAGCUAAUAUGUCUGUUGCUACAGGAGGGUGCAUCUACUUCAUCACCUACCUUCCAUACUUGUUCAUUAAUUCUCGAUAUAACCAGAUGAGUCUUAAACAAAAGCUGUCUGCCUGUCUACUCUCAAAUAUUGCCAUGACAUUGGGGAUCAAUCUGAUAGUCAAGUUUGAAAUUAAAGGGAAUGGAGUUCAUUGGAAUAACCUCAUGGAUGAAGUGAGCAUUGAGGAUAGCUUAAGUUUUGGGCAUGUUCUGGGAAUGAUGCUGUGUGAUUCUUUGUGCUAUGCUUUAGUAGCUUGGUAUAUGGAAAAUGUCUUUCCAGGGGAGUAUGGUAUGCCUCAACCAUGGUAUUUCUUCUUGCAGCGCUCCUACUGGUAUGGGUACCCAAAACCUCUUUCUAGGAGACAUAUAGACACUGAAGACAUCUUACAUAAUGAAUAUAUGGAGGCAGAACCUGUAGGAUUGGUGGCUGGAGUACAGAUCAAACAUCUAUGCAAGGCAUUUGUGGUGGGGAGUAAUAUCAAAGAGGCAGUAAGAAACCUGACUCUGAACAUAUAUGAGGGCCAGAUCACUGUUCUUCUGGGACAUAAUGGAGCAGGAAAGACCACCACUUUGUCCAUGCUUACAGGUCUGUAUCCUCCCACAAGUGGACAGGCGUAUAUCAACGGCUUUGAAAUCACAAGGGAAAUGGCUGAGAUCCGAAAGAACCUGGGUUUAUGCCCCCAGCGCAACCUCUUGUUUGAUUACUUGACUGUAUCAGAACAUCUUUACUUCUUCGCUAUGCUGAAAGGAUUUUCUAAAAAGAAUUUAAAAAAUGAAAUUGAUCACAUGUUGAGUAUUUUUAAUCUGGAAGAAAAGCAAAAUGCAUUUUCAAAUUCACUGAGUGGAGGGAUGAAGCGCAAACUCUGCAUCAGUAUUGCACUCAUAGGAGACUCUAAGGUUGUAAUGCUAGAUGAACCUACAUCUGGUAUGGAUUUAAUCUCAAGAAGGGCUACCUGGAAUCUCCUUCAGCAACAGAAAAGUAACCGUACCAUCCUGCUGACCACCCACCAUAUGGAUGAGGCUGACCUCUUGGGUGACCGCAUUGCCAUUAUGGCCAACGGAGACCUGCAGUGCUGUGGUUCUUCACUAUUCCUCAAACACAAAUAUGGUGCUGGAUACCACUUGAUCAUGGUGAAGGAACCUCAAUGUGAAAUAAAGAAAAUUUCCGAACUGAUUUAUCACUAUGUACCAAAUGCCACAAUGGAGGGUAAUGUUGGAGCUGAGUUAUCAUUUAUCCUACCCAAAGAGAAUGCUGAAAGGUAUGAGAUAUAAUAUUCCAAAAGGGUUGGUAAGAUGGUGGAUUCCAGGAUGGAUCUCCAAGCCAUCCAACUGUCUGCCUCGAAUAAAGAGUUCCUGAGACAGGCCAGCAGAAUGUUGUUAGAAGGAGAUGACAUGGGUAUUUAUCUUAGUGACAGUGAUGAAGACGAUAACAAACAAGAUGGCAAGCAGCACCAUGAGCACCACUACCACUCUGUCAAAUUCAAUACAGGGAUUUAUGUCUACAGCCAGCAGUUCUAUGCCAUGUUAGUGAAGAGGGCUACCUUCAGUGUGCGUAAUUGGAAGUUAAUACUACUGCAAAUUUUGGUACUUCUGACAUUCACUGCCAUACUUCUGAGAGCCAUCACCUUCUAUUCAGAAGUGCGAGAUGACCCUAAAUUAGAGAUGAGUUUGCAACAAUAUGGCCAAACCAUUGUGCCUUACUCUGUGUCUGGAAAUACUGAUCUGAGUCAGCAACUCAGAGAACAUAUUAAAGUUUUGCUAGAAGAUGAGAGACAAGUGCCCCAGAUGGUGAAAGGUAACAUAGAAGAGUUCCUCUUGAAUGGUAGACUGUGUAGUGACCGAUGCCUCAUUGCAGUUGACAUUGAUUCCCAAAAAAAUAAGACAAAGAUCACUGCUCUUUUCAACAAUCAGGCAUACCAUUCACCUGCAGUAGCCUUGGCAUUAGUGGACAACAUCCUCCUCAUGUCGCAUUCUGGUAGUCGGGCUUCUAUUAAAGUCACCAAUAAGCCUCAACCUUGAAGUGCUAUCAAAGCUGCAAGGGAAAAAUACCAUAAGGGCAGUCGUGGACAUGAAAUUGCCUUCAGUUUGUUCUUUGGUAUGGCUGCCUUGGCCAGUAGUUUUUGUCUCUUGACAGUCACCGAGAGAGUUAUUAAGGCAAAGCACCUCCAAUUUGUGAGUGGUGUACGAAUUAUUAAUUUCUGGCUCUCUGCCUUUUUUUGGGACCUCUUCAACUUUAUCAUUCCUUGCCUCCUGCUGCUGGUUGUGUUCAAAUACCAUGGCGUGAAAGCUUUCGUUGAUGACCAUUAUGCAGCAGAUAUCUUAUUAAUCUUCGUGCUAUAUGGCUGGUCUAUCAUCCCCCUCGUGUACCUGAUGAGCUUCUUAUUUUCUGGUAGUGCCACUGCGUAUGCCAAACUUGUUGUAUUCAACUUCUGUUCAGGCAUGAUCAGUUUCCUGUUUGUCUACAUGGCAGAAUCUAAUGUGGUAAUAAUGGUGAAUUCCUCCAUUAAAAUUUUGGAUAAUCUAUUUCUGAUAUUUCCUAAUCACAACUUGGGGCAAUCUAUCAGCAGAUUUUAUGAAAACUACGAAGCCCAGAAAUACUGUACCUCUGCUGCUGCUAAAGAUUGUGAAGAGAAAGGUAUUAAAUAUGAGAUGAAUAUUUAUUCAUGGAUGGGUCAUGGAAUCGGAAAAUAUGUUGCCUCAAUGGCUAUCUCAGGCCUCAUUUUCCUUCUCAUGCUUUCUCUCAUUGAGAGCCAACUCUGGAAAUUGAGAAAUAAAUUGAGCCGCUAUAUAUUCUUUCGAUGCUACAGAAACUGGUAUGAGUUGGAAGCCAGAAUUCACAGGGUUCAGAAGAGAGUGAGAAAUGAGCAGUUCCAGCGGCAUCCGACACUAGAGAUGAAUGCAGAAACAGAGCCACCAGAGGAUACUGAUGUGUCAAAUGAGAGGAAAAAAAUUCAAGACUAUCCUGAAGAAACAAUUCCACUCGUAGAGAGUCCACUGAUUCUUCAAGACCUAAUGAAGGUAUAUUAUCGGUGGAUGCCCAUCCUGGCUGUGGACAGUAUCUCCUUUGCAGUCAUGAAAGGAGAAUGCUUUGGGCUACUUGGUUUCAAUGGAGCUGGGAAAACCACCACAUUCAAAAUGUUAACUGGGGAUGAAACUAUAACCAGUGGGGAUGCAUAUUUUGAUGGCCAUAGGAUCAACAAGAAUAUCAAAACGGUACAGCGACAAAUCAGUUACUGUCCUCAAUUUGAUGCCCUGCUAGACUACAUGACAGGAAGAGAAAUAAUGUAUAUGUAUGCUCGAUUGUGGGGGAUUCCUGAAAAUCACAUCGAUCGUUAUAUGAAAAACAUGCUGAGGUCAUUGCUCCUUGAAUCCAAUGCAGACAAGCUCAUUAAGAACCUAAGUGGUGGCAACAGGCGUAAGCUGAGCACUGGUAUUUCCCUAAUUGGAAGGCCUUCAGUCAUCUUCUUGGAUGAGCCUUCUACUGGCAUGGACCCUGUGGCUCGGCACCUACUCUGGGACACAGUGAUGCGGAUUUGUGAGUCCGGCAAGGCCAUUGUCAUAACCUCCCAUAGCAUGGAGGAAUGCGAGGCCUUGUGCACCAGACUGGCCAUCAUGGUAGCUGGGAAGCUGAAGUGUCUAGGAAGUCCACAGUAUCUCAAGAACAAGUUUGGCAGUGGAUAUACCUUGAUGGCCAAAAUGAAGAAUGAUAGUACAGACGCUGAUAUGGAACAAUUCAAGGACUUCAUCAGUUUAACCUUUCCAGGCAGAACAUUGAAGCACGAACACCAAGGAAUGGUCCAUUACAACAUUCCCGCAGAUAACCUCAGCUGGGCAAAGGUAUUUGGUAUUUUGGAGAAAGCAAAAGACGAAUAUAAAUUGGAGGACUACUCCAUCAGUCAAAUCACACUAGAACAAGUGUUCCUGAGCUUUGCUGAACACGGAACAGCAGAAGAUGAAGAAAAUGAUUAAAGAGUUCUCCUCACCACUGGCUCUUAUGACAUGUGCCUAUAUGUAGUAAAUAAAG